AGUGAGUGAGUGAGUGGGGCAGUGAAACAGAGAAAGACUUCAGUCAAUGCUUGGAGGAUCUGUGGCAUGCACUUCAUUUUCACACAAACACACAAGUGCACGCCGUGGAACUCUUUUAUCUACCUUCAUUUUUAUUGAAAAUAUAUAUAUAUAUAUAUAUAAAACAAGCAUUGCCUGCGGUACUUCAUCACACACACAGACACACACACACACAAGAAUCCUUUAAGCUAGCUACCAGCAGAUGAGAGAUCUCUACAAAACCUACCUACCUAGAAGAGAGGAGAGAGCCAGCAUCUGAUAAGAGAUCUGACUGACACAUAGGGGGGUGGGAGAGAAGAAGAAGAAGAAGAAGAAGAAGAAGAAGAAGAAGAAGAAGAAGAAGAAGAAGAAAGAGGUCACAGAAAAGCUCAGAAAAGUCAGAAGAGCAGAGGGUGGGGGAGCAAUCUGGAGUGACACGCCAAAGAAGAAGAAGCUGGAAGAGAGAAAAAAAGAAGCUGAUUUUGGCAGAGCAAGAAGGAAGAGAGCCUAAUUAUUUUAUUUUGAGUUUCUGAGAGCUACCUACCACCAAUCCAGUCAACGGAUCCGAGGAUUUAGGGUCUCUCUCUGAGAAAGAAAAGCUCACAGAGGAAAACUAAUCGGGGAAAACCCUGGAGAGGAACCUGACAAGUUUAGCAUUUCUAGUGCUAUCAGGAUGCUACUUCAGUGGCUUUUCCUGCUAAUGAUCCAGCAUGCCCCCACAGUAUAUCCACAGAAAUUCUCAGCACUCACGUUCUUACGAGUUGACCAAGAUAAGGAAUGCAAUGUGGAGUGCACGGGCUCACCACAGAAGACACUCUGCGCCUCGGAUGGAAGGACAUUCAUGACUCGGUGUGAAUUUCAGAGAGCCAAGUGCAGAGACCCUCAGCUAGAGAUAGCGUACAGAGGCAGCUGCAAAGAGGUUUCCAGAUGUGUGGCAGAGAGGAAGUACACCCAACAGCAGGCAAGGAAAGUCUUCCCACAAGUGUUUGUCCCUGAAUGCAAUGAAGAUGGCACAUACAGUCAGGUUCAGUGCCACAGUUACACCGGUUACUGCUGGUGUGUUACUCCUAAUGGAAGACCCAUCAGUGGCACAGCAGUAGCCAAUAAAACACCUCGAUGCCCAGGGGCAAUACCUGAAAAGUUACCCCGCAGAGAAGCCGGUAAAACAGUCUCUUUGCAAAUCUUUUCCAUUCUGAAUUCAGAUGACUCAACCGCUGCUUCAUUGGAUCCACAACCACAGGGGGAUGAAGAAGACAUAACCUCUCAUUACCCAUCACUGUGGACUGAACGAGUCAGAAGCAGACAGACAAACAGAACUAGGAAUCCAGCGUCCUCGUGUGAUCAGGAGCACCAGUCGGCUCAGGAGGACGCACGGCAGCACAAGAACGAAGCCAUCUUCAUUCCAGAAUGCGCCAACGGUGGCCUGUACAAGCCGGUGCAGUGCCACCCCUCCACCGGUUACUGCUGGUGUGUGCUGGUAGACACGGGGCGCCCCAUCCCUGGCACAUCCACGAGAUACGAACAACCAAAAUGUGAUGGGAAUGCAAGAGCGCAUCCUACAAAACCUAAAGAUCAUUACAAAAGCCGACAUCUUCAAGGCUGCCCCGGGGAAAAAAAGAAUGAGUUUCUUACCAGCGUCUUGGAUGCUCUGUCAACAGACAUGGUGCACGCAGUCUCUGAUCCAUCUUCAGCAAGCAGGAUCUCAGAGCCGGACCCUAACCACACGUUGGAAGAGCGGGUGGUCUACUGGUACUUCAACCAGCUGGACAAGAACUCCAGUGGAGAUAUCGGCAAGAAAGAGAUCAAGCCCUUCAAACGAUUCCUGCGCAAGAAAUCCAAACCCAAGAAAUGUGUGAAGAAGUUUGUGGAGUACUGCGAUGUGAACAACGACAAAGCGCUGUCGGUGCAGGAGCUCAUGGGGUGCCUAGGAGUGACUAAAGAAGAAGAAAGAAACCCACAGACCUUCAAAAUGGAACUUAGCCCACCAAAUCACUAAAACAGCGCCUAAAAACACUGGGGAAAGCACUUCAUCAAACAAACAGCAUGCCUCAAAGAAGCAAGGCUGAAAUGAUGAACUACUUGUGGCAACUCUUUCGUUUCUGGGAGAUUUCCUCACCAAAUGGCAAUAAAAACCAUAGUAUUUGCACUUUGUACUUUAAAUGUAAAUUCACUUUGUAGAAACAAGAUAUUUAAACAGACUUUUGAUUCUGUGAAAGACGUAGGUAAGUUGUUGUCGUUUUUUAAAGAAUAUUAUCACAUACAAUGUAUGUGUCCUUCUUUGUCUAAAAGCUAUACUUUUCUGAAUUGUACAAGGUUUCAUUUAAUGUAAGUUUAUUUUUGUUUUAUGGUUUGUUAAAAAUUGCUUGCAAAAACACUGACGCUCGACACCGGAUUUUAACCAUUUCAGAAGCAAUAACUUAGCAUCAUGAGAAUGAUCUGCUUUUGCUGUGGUGACUCAUAGUGUUUUUAAAGUGUGAAUAAAAUCUGUGAAACAUUGCAAACACAAUGUUGAUAUUAAAAAAAAAAAAGAGA